AAAGGAGGUUGUAGACCUGGUUAGAAAUAGUUCUUCAGGGGUGUUUCUACUCUUCAUUGUCAAGAUACCAGCAGUCCAGUUCUAUAGCAAACAGCAAACAAGAGUCAGUAAGUAGCAACAGCAUGAUGCAGCAGAAACAGCAAGGCUCUGAAGAAUCAGCAUGAGUCAGCAGAAGUGGCCAGAACCGGUUAGAAUGCCACAAGAAGUUCUUUGGUGUGUUUUUAUGAAGUGAAGACCUGUGAAAUGUUGCAUGGUGUAGCAAAGCAAGAGUAUCCUCUCACUGUUUGUGGGGUUCCAUUUAUAUUCUUCCUAAACACCACGUGUCUUUUUUUUUCCUCAGCAAAACAUCACAUGCCCUCUCACAAGACAGUUUCCAGAAAAACAUCAAGUGACCCAACUAAGUUGUUAAAGAAACCAGAAAUUAUCCACUUCAGUUAUGUGGCUGGGAUGAAGAUGAGACGCUACAAGCUUUUUCUCAUGUUCUGUAUGGCCGGCCUGUGCCUCAUCUCCUUCCUGCACUUCUUUAAGACGUUAUCCUAUGUCACCUUCCCGAGAGAACUGGCCUCCCUCAGCCCUAACCUCGUAUCCAGCUUCUUCUGGAACAAUGCCCCUGUCACUCCCCAGGCCAGUCCGGAGCCGGGUGACCCCGACUUGUUACGGACUCCACUCUACUCCCACUCCCCCCUGCUCCAGCCACUGUCCCCUAGCAAGGCCACCGAAGAACUGCACCGGGUGGACUUCGUGUUGCCGGAGGACACCACAGAGUAUUUUGUGCGCACCAAAGCUGGCGGUGUGUGCUUCAAACCAGGUACCAGGAUGCUGGAGAAACCUUCUCCAGGGCGGACAGAGGAGAAGACUGAGGUGGCUGAGGGGUCCUCGGCCCGGGGUCCUGCUCGGAGGCCUAUGCGGCAUGUGUUGAGUGCACGGGGAGGUCGGGGCACUAGGCGCAAGUGGGUUGAGUGUGUGUGCCUGCCAGGCUGGCACGGGCCCAGCUGCGGGGUGCCCACUGUGGUCCAGUAUUCCAACCUGCCCACCAAGGAGCGCCUGGUACCCAGGGAGGUGCCGAGGCGGGUUAUCAACGCCAUCAACAUCAACCAUGAGUUCGACCUGCUGGAUGUGCGCUUCCAUGAGCUGGGCGAUGUUGUGGACGCCUUUGUGGUCUGCGAAUCCAAUUUCACCGCCUACGGGGAGCCUCGGCCACUCAAGUUCCGAGAGAUGCUGACCAAUGGCACCUUCGAGUACAUCCGCCACAAGGUGCUCUACGUCUUCCUGGACCACUUCCCACCUGGUGGCCGUCAGGACGGCUGGAUUGCAGAUGACUACCUGCGUACCUUCCUCACCCAGGAUGGUGUCUCCCGCCUGCGCAACCUGCGACCUGAUGACGUCUUUAUCAUCGACGACGCGGACGAGAUCCCUGCGCGUGAUGGUGUGCUGUUCCUCAAGCUCUACGAUGGCUGGACAGAGCCCUUCGCCUUCCAUAUGCGCAAGUCCCUGUAUGGUUUCUUUUGGAAGCAACCAGGCACACUGGAGGUGGUGUCAGGCUGCACCAUUGACAUGCUGCAGGCUGUGUAUGGGCUGGACGGCAUCCGCCUGCGCCGCCGUCAGUAUUACACCAUGCCCAACUUUCGACAGUAUGAGAACCGCACCGGCCACAUCCUAGUGCAGUGGUCUCUCGGCAGCCCCCUGCACUUCGCGGGCUGGCACUGCUCCUGGUGCUUCACACCCGAGGGCAUCUACUUCAAACUCGUGUCGGCCCAGAAUGGUGACUUCCCCCGCUGGGGUGACUACGAGGACAAGAGGGACCUCAAUUACAUCCGAAGCUUGAUUCGCACUGGGGGAUGGUUCGACGGCACACAGCAGGAGUACCCUCCUGCAGACCCCAGUGAACACAUGUAUGCUCCUAAGUACCUGCUCAAGAACUAUGACCAGUUCCGCUACUUGCUCGAAAAUCCCUACCAGGAGCCCAAGAGCACUGUAGAGGGUGGGCGCCGGAACCAGGGCUCAGAUGGAAGGUCAUCUGCUGUCAGGGGCAAGUUGGAUACAACGGAGGGCUAGGGCUGUGCAGUUUCACAGGGCUGGGCUGGCUGAGAUGAUGGCUAAGCCAGUGUUAUCUUUGACCUCCUCAUUAUCCUGGGGCUCUUCAGAGAGCCAGGAGUCCUUGGAGUUGGUCCUCUGGGCUCAAGCCCCCUAGAAUUAAGGGUCAGGCCUUUUAUCCCAAAACAGAAAAGAAAAAAACUAUUUUUUAGUACAGAAGAGCAAGCCCAGACAUCUAUGCAGCACUUUUUGUCCCCAAGAGUGCUGUGGGAAAGAGGUGUUCCUGGGGAGCAUGCAGUCGUUUUCUGGGACUGGUACUGGGAGUGCUAUGGAACUUCAGCCUAGUUAAGAGAAGCCCACCUUUGACAUCCCAGAUUGUUGUCCUGUAAUGGACAAGGAGGUAUACCAUGCCAGGAGUUCCCAGCAUCCUGUAAAUAAAUGCAAUGGGUCCAGGAGCAAGAAGAGACAGUAAGGAGGGACUAGAAAGUGUAUCUGCUCCUGAUCUUGGCCAAGAGGCUGGGGAAGCAUUGGGAAAUGGCACCCUGGAGAGAGAGCACUUUGCAGCUUCCUCAGACAUGCUGGACCCAAGAAAUGAGGUCACAGAUGGCUGGAAGGGAGGAGCCGGUGGCUGUCAGUCCCUCUGCCUCUCUAAGGAGACAUGCCUGGGGGGCUGAGGUUCCAAAUAUACCUUGAUGACUGAUCACUUUCCUGUUGCUGUCUUGUGGGAGCUGCUUUGAUGGACUCUAGGAGUCUAGUUCUCGGGGUGGGACAGGAGCUGGACACCAUAUGGACAGCCAGUAUAGUAGGUGGGACAAGAGAAGGAGACGAACAGAGGCCCUAUAUCCUUCUCUCCCUCCCCAUCACUAUCUGCUGGCAUCCAGUCCCAUUUUUAUGACAUCCCCUUCCCCAGCCCUGUAAGAGCAAGCUGGGGGCCAGGAAGGGACCACAAGUUCUUCUGGGGUCCAAGAAAGGACCUUAAGGUCAGUGGCAUUAUCAACCCAUUCCUCUUAAUUUGUCUUGGGGGGGAAGGGUGCAAGAUGUAUUUGAGAAAACGCUAAGCUGCUAUAGAAGCCCCUUGGCAAGCAGCAAUUACAGUAAUACCAGCUUGUUACUAAGUAAAUAGUGUAGAAAGAGACGGUCCAAAGCCUGUUAGACAGUCAGCUUAGCUUCACAAACAACCUCCAGGUCUGGUAGAGUGGCUGCACCUGCUCACAUGGUAAGGCGAGGAAGUGUGGACUCUUUCCUGAGAAGGGCAGGAGUCAGAUGUGUCUGUUGCUUCUGAUAGUGUCUUACUGGUCAGGACUUAGCUGCACGGCUACAGGUAGUUGCAAGGGAAUCUGGGAAAUGUAGUUUUGAGCAGGACAGCAGUGUGUCCGCCUCAGUUUGAGAGUUCUGUAUUAUUUACCCCAGCAUCUUUACAGGAAGGGAACAAGUGAUUGCUCAUCACCCUGUUCUCUUCCUGUCUGCCCUGGGGUUGAGGUACAGUGGGGACUUGCAGGUGUAUGGGAAGAGUGGGUGCCUUUUCCUGAGGCCCCUGAUAUUCCCUCGAUACCAGUAUGCCAGGGCUACCUGUGGAAUGGUCCGUGUUUGUGCGUGUGUGUAUAUUUAUGGGCAUGGGUGCAUGCUUGGUGUGUAUUGUACAUGUCUGUAUCCAUGUGUCCCUGUAUAAAGAUGAUACUCAACGUGUGGGUGUAGGAGCCUAGGCUUGGCUGUCCUCUUCCUUAUGACCUGGAUCUCACGGUCUCAUCUCCUAUGGCUCCAUAAUAUGCCUGAGGUGGGAAGUCCACGGCGGAACCUUGAAAGCAAGACUAGAAGGGAGUACAGGGUCUGUCUGUCUGUCUGUUUUUCAGUCUGAGGAAUGGAAUCUUCUAGAUAGAGGGAUAUGCAGCUGAGAGCCCACCCCUCAGCCCCCCUUGCCCCGCCACUUCCUCCCACUGCCACCCCAGCAUCUCCUGGAUGUAACUCUGUCUGGAGCAGUUUGCCAGGUGGUGGGUAUAGUGUGGUGGCUGCUCUGGCAAACAGGCAUGGAGGGAGAUGAGGGGCUCUAUGGCUCCUCUCCUCCCGUUGAGGGACAUACCCCUGUGGAACCUCUCCUUCAAAGAAACUUCGUCUCAGGUUCCUCUUGGGGCUGAAAGGUGACCACAGAAGUCAGGGCAUCCCAGAGACUUAUGGGUCCAUCUGAGCCAGGGCUCUCUCCUGAGAUGUCUGUGGAUGCUUCUGUGUGAUACCUACCCCCUUGAAUGAAAUCUUUACCCCCACACUCUUGGAACCCCCCAAGCUGCUUCGUAGAUGUCCUGUUUCAGGCAUUUCAGGGCUCCUGCCCACAAGUGAUCAAUUCAGGGAGGGAAAAGGACACUGGGAAAGCAUAGGUCUGCUGGGCUGGCCUUCCUUCUCGCACUAGUAAUGGGGAGAUAGCAUAAUAGUUCCAACUAGGCAGAAAAAGGCCUGACCAUGGGCUGAGAGACCACCUGUGAGAGGUGGGACUAAAAAGUUUCACAUCUAACUACAGCAUACACUGGGAAGAUGAGGGGCAGGGAACCCAGGACCACUCCCCCCAAAAAUGAAGAGAAACUGAACUGAAUGUGAAUGUGGGCCCAUUCUCCAGGAACCACUGGCCUGUGAUCCCUAGACCCAAGGAAGCCUCUACAGGCAUCCAGCUGGCCUCGUUCACCCAGGGGUCACAGUGGUUAUAAGGGACAAGCUUGACGAAGCUUUGGGAACAAAGGUGAGAUUCAGGGUGGGAAGGCAGGACUCACCCAAGCAGAAGGUAGGGCCCUGGGAAAUGUGUAAUUUAAGGACACCAAUAAUAAUAAUAGUAUUAUUUUUUUUGUAAAGGAAAAUCAAUAUGUACAUUCUGAAAUCAUUUUCUCUGUAAAUGGUUGAAUUUCAUUUCACCCUUAAAGGGAUGCUUAAAGGAGAAGAUAAUAUUAAUAAUAAAACAGCUGAGAAGUC